AUGUCCAUUACAUUUAACAGAUCUCAAGAGGCAUCGGAAGUUGUAUGUGAUGUAAUCAAGAAGAGUCAAUUAAUAGCUUCAUCUCCUGAUGGUCCACCUGCACGAUAUCGUCUCCUCACAACCAGAUGUAAUCUUGAUCAAGACCGCUCAGUGAGAAAAUGGACAUUUGGACAGCAAAACGUCAAUAUGCAAAACAAAAUUGUACUGAUGGUCGGAGAAACUGGAACAGGCAAAACUACUCUGAUCAAUGCCAUGGUAAAUUAUAUACUCGGGGUGAAGUUUACAGAUGAAGUAUGGUUUGAGAUUACAGAAGAGGGAGAAAAUAAUCAAACCUCAGAUCAGUCACAAAGUCAAACAACUCAAAUCACUGUGUAUGAGGUCUUUGCCCAGGACAACCCAAUCUGUCUGACCAUUAUUGACACUCCAGGUUAUGGAGACACCAGGGGAACAGAUGUGGAUAAACAGAUUGCUGAGAAUCUGUACAAACUGUUUCACAAUGAUAAUGGAGUGAAAGAACUCGACGCAGUAUGUCUGGUAGUGAAAGCAACUGAGAAUAGACUCUCUGACAGACAGCAUUACAUCUCUGAUGCAGUUUUGUCCUUAUUUGGUAAAGACAUAGAGAACAACAUUGUCAUUUUUGUCACUCAUUCAGAUGGAAUGCCUCCAACAAAUGUGAUGAAUGCAAUUAAGAGAGCAGGGGUUCCCUACAGGAAAGAUGAAGAAAAUGAACCCGAGUGUUUCUUAUUCAACAAUCGUCAAUCUGAGAAAAGGAGCAAAAAGUAUAAGAAACCACUCCAGGCUGCUUGGGAAAUGACAGAGGACACAUUAAAUGAGUUCUUUGCCUCCCUGAAAGAAGAGAACAGAAAAAGCUUAGAGCAGACUGAUAAGGUUCUGGCUGAGUCCAAACGACUUGAAGCCUGUAUUUCUAACCUGCAAAACCGUAUUGACUUUGUAGAGUGCAAAAGUAAAGAACUAGCCCAGAUUCAGGAAGCCCUUGAGGCAAACCGAGAAAAGAUUGAGAGAAAUGAAAACUUUACUUUUGAAGUCACCACAAAUUACAAAGAAAAAGUACUCAUUGAAAAUGCUUCAUGGUGGGACAGAAAGGCCACCAGUUGCUCUCAGUGUGAAGAGAACUGUCAUGAGUAUGACUGCUGGGCUGCCUGGAAUGCUUCGCAGUGUGAAGUCAUGAAAAAUAACCACUGCACAUCAUGUAAAGGUAAAUGUCACUACACUAAACAUGUCAGAGAGAACAAGAAAUAUGUUAGACACAGCAGACAGACCACAAUGACAUAUGAUGAGCUCAAAAAACAAUUUGAAACUAGCAAUAAUUCAGCAUCAAAUAUCGAGUGUGAUUUAAAGUCCUAUGAAAAUGUCAAAAAUGAGUUAGAAAGCGACAAGAAACAGGAAGAGGAGAUGACAAGCACAGAGAAGAGACUGAAAGAAGAGAUAACCAAGAAAGAAAAGGAAAAAGCUGACCUGGUGGAAGAAGCCCACAACGCCAUCAUGAAACUGUCUGAGAUAGCUUUAAAGCCAGACUCUGCUUUCAUUGUUCAGGGUCUUGACUUCUUGAUCCCUCGUGCUGAAGAAACUGGAAGAGACAGUCUUGCAAAGAAUCUGAGAGAUCUGAGAAAAAUUAAACCUGAAUCAGAGGAAAGAGUUAAUGCUGCAGUGGGGUAUGCAAGAGCAGGUCUCAAUAAACUGAAAAAUUUUUUCUGGUCAAAAUGAA